AUGCGGGAGGUCGAUAUUUAUGAAGGAGUAAACAAAGUUACUCUCGUUCCAGCAGGAGCUGGGGUCGGAAAGAAAGGUAAAGGAGCAGGGUUUUAUUGCGAGAGUUGCAAUUUGACCUUCAAAGAUAGCAUACAGUAUAUGGAUCACCUUAACUCUAAACAGCAUCUUGACAAUACGGGCCAAAGCACCAAGGUCGAGAGGGCUUCGCUUGCCGAUGUAAAAGCCCGUUUGGAAAUGCUGGCAGCCAAAAUCGAAAAGCCCUACAACAUUCAUGAGGCGAUUGCCAAAGCACAGGAGCAAGAGCGUUGA